GCGCAGCCAAGAUCGGGUAGCUUGGCCAGAGAUCCGGGGCAAGCCGGCUAUGGAUGAUGGAUUAUCAUGCCAUCCAUGGCCAUGAUACAGCCAGUUUUGACAUCCCAAGCUCGACGCAUCGUCUUCCAACCGUGCCGGCUUCACAAGCUUUGGAAGAUUUGAAGGCUGAUCCGGCUGCUCAUAUAUCGACGGGCUUGACAGCUCUUGAUUGUGCACUGCUGGGACUAGAGGACUCGCAAGAUUCGCAAAAUGCUACCGUGCAUGGCGGCGUCAAGCGAGGUCAGGUAACCGAGAUAUGGGGUCCUCCUGGCUGUGGCAAGACUGCAUUAGGGAUCCAAUUGGCCGCCAAUGCCCUGAGUGAUGGUAACGGUGUGGUCUGGGUAGAUUGCUUCCAGAAAUUACAAACACAGAGAAUAGCAAAUGUGCUGAAAAGCGUAAAAGAGUCCCGACUCUUGGCGAAUAUAGAGAAUGUUCAAGACAUAGAUCCAGCCAAGCUGGUUCGCUACUCUUGCAUGACACUGCCUCAUCUGCUUGCGCUCAUAUCUCGACCAGCAACAACCGCUAUUGCUGCUGAUGUUUCGCUCAUCGUCAUUAGUUCUUUGUCGGCUCUAAUUAAUUCUUCCUUGCCGAGGUCAUUGGAAGGAAAGGGGGCCAAAAAGCCUGCAAAAGGUCCCACUCAGGCUUCAAAGCGCCUACAAGGUCUACAAUUUAUAAUCACCACGUUGCAAAAGCUCGCCGCGACUAAGAACUGCGCCGUGGUACUUUUAUCGCAAUGUGCAACCAAGAUGCGAAGCGAGCAGAUGGCCACACUAAUCCCGUCGAUCAACACCACGGUCUGGGAGCAGGGUGUGUCUACAAGGCUAGUUCUAUUCCGGGACUGGGCGUGGAACGCCAGCAAGUCGUCCAGCGUCUUUCUAGCUGGCCUGCAAAAGAUUGAUGGCAGGGCGGCCCAAGACGCCGUCGAGCAUGUGUCUGCGUUUAAAGUUGAAUCUGCCGGCAUAUCAAGUGUCCACUACGAGGCAAGCAGUUCGGACAUGGAGGUGGCGGCUAUAGCACCGCGACCAAAAAGGAAACUGGGGCAGACGGACCUGGAGGUGCCAGACAGCGACGACGACGAUGAGGACUAUGGUUGGGCAGACGAGGAUGAAGAUGCGUUGCCACCGCCGCCGUCUCAAUGGCAAGGGAGUGAGGAUCUUAUCUUGGGCGAAAACGCUGGCCUAACCGAGGAUGAGUCGGAGGCGGAGGAAGGGCUUCAAGAUUACUAUUAUGAGGACGACGAUGCCGGGGAUGGCGACCGAAGUAACAACGAGACUGACUGACUGAUUGAAUGACUAGCUGACUACACCGUACUUACCUGGAGAGCUGGGCAGAGGGGAAAAAAAAAAAAAAAAAAAAAAGAAAAAAUUGGGGGUGGCUUAAGCGCCGGCAAACGGCCGAAGAGCCCAUUCUGCGCCGUAGGUGUUUCCGAGAUGGAGCGCAGAUGGAGCCGCAUCUCCCCACCAAAGCGGGCGGCUUUUGCUCUCAUAUCGAGGCAAAGCCCUAGCGAACAAUAGCAUGACGAGGUGGCGGCGUCGUCCCGGCCGGGAUGUUAAUUUGGGGUUAGAUCCCAUUUUCAUCGAAUAGAUGGAGAUUUUGCACGCUACUGCUAGGCACGGAGAACUACUCUAUAUGAUAUAGCUGUCUGCAAAGCGAG